CACCGUUGUAAUCAUCGGACUUGGGCUGACCGCCACGAUAAUCGCAGAUCCAAAGACAUUUUCACUCGCCAAGACGCAGUUUACAUAACUUUGAAGCGGAUAACGCCCGCAGAGCCCGUCUUUCAGAACCCGGGAAGCACCCCCUGUGCUAGUCUGAUAGGCCAAGAGGCAAGUAACUCCAAAAGGUCUAUACAAAUCAGGAUUAAACAGCUGUCACGUCGGGACUGGCCGGGUUUACUGCUUGCAUGA